UUUGAUGGGAUACUGGCCAGUCAGGAGUACAGCGAUGCUCAAGACAAAGAGGACUUCAUCAUGACGUCUCUUGCUGUCAGCCAGCAACAAAAAGAAGCCAUCGAGAGGGCCACAGUUGGGCAGACGAGCAAUGCAUUAUGGGCAGCAUAUCGCAAGAAGAGGAUCACAGCGAGCAACUUUGGUUUGGUUUUGUCUGCAGUCAGAAGACAGUCUUUCCCACCUUCAUUGUUCAAGACACUGCUGGGAGAAUACAACCCCAAACAAGGAGCUCGUGCAUGUGAUUGGGGAAUCGUGCACGAGAAAGAGGCCAAAAAGAAGUUCAUGGAACAAAGUGGGGAGACCAUCCUGGAGAAGGGACUGUUCCUGUCUGACAGUGGGCUGCUUGGGGCCUCCCCAGAUGGACUUCUACUGUCCAGCAAUUACCUUGUGGAGGUGAAAUGCCCAUAUUCUGCCAGAGAGAAAACAAUCGCUCAGGCAGCAGAGGCAAAGGACUUUUACCUGUACGUGGACCAAGUCACCGGGCUAUUUAGGUUGAAGAACACCCACAACUACUGGCAUCAGAUUCAGGGCAACCUGCACCUGACAGAGGCUACCACCUGUCAUCUAGUUGUAUGGACAACUCAGGACAUGGCCAUUGUAGAGAUUAAAAAAGACCCAGCCUGGGUCAGCAAUCUUAAGGUCCUGGAAAAUUUUUACAAGGACCAUUUUCUGCCCCGUGCUCUCUUCAAUAACAAAUAAAUGUUAACUUAUUGAAAUUAUUUACUGAUAUGUGUCAUAUUUUUUUUACACAUUCUGAA